AUGUCUCAUAAUUAUUGGCUGAUAAUAUUAUUCGUUGCGAGUAUGGUAUGCAACGGUUACGGAAGGCCGCCGCACGAAGUGGAUAUAAAAAAUAUAUAUCCGGUGUACAGAGCCGUUAAACAACUAGACAAUAAUACAAACAGGUAUGAAAAAGCGUAUAGGGUUAAACAUAAGGACGAUGAUACGUUAGCGUAUAUGAGAAUCGAUGAUAUGUCACGCGAUAAUAUCGAAAGUUUAAAAUUGAAAAAGAAAAAUACUAAUAAUAAUAACAGUGGAGGGGGAACACCCGAAAUCAAAUACGUACCCGUAUCGGUAACUAUAAAAAAAACAAACGUAUUUAAAAAAUGGCCGAACGAUCAAAACGGUAUUGAAAAUUCCGAGGAUCUAGAUCUUUACAACACGUACGCGAACAACAUAAAACCCCUAACAAACGACGACAAACCUUCCAUAAUCAUUUUGGAAGAUUUGACGAAACCAUUUCCGGACGAUUCGACGACGAGUUCUUUACACGUGAUAAAACCGUCGAUGCACGAUAAUCCCCACGUGUCACCACCCGUACUUCCGUUACAAAUCGAAAUGCCACCACCGUAUUUUCCAACCGUUCAAAAUCCAUUUCCGAACGUUUUUUCAUUGACUUCGAAACCUAUACACGUUUUAAACGGACCCCUUAAACCGCCAUCAUCACUUCCGUCAAACGACGGAAACGGGGAUUCCCAAUCGGGUUUUAAUCCAACGGUAAAUCACGAUUUGCACGUCAUUCAUCCAGAAUCCUCUGACGUUUUCGAACACGUAUCCACACCGCCGAUCGAAAUCGUUACGAAAAAAAAACAUAACAAAACCGAUUGUCCGAAAGUAUCGAUAACAACGACAAACUCGAUUAACAACAACAACAACCGAGACGUCAUCAAAGAAGGGUGUCAAGAUAUUAACAUUUACAUAAACAAUAAUUUAACGAAUAACGUUGUUAUGACAAAACCCAACGGUGGGGGUCACCGUCCCGUUGUCGUGUACGAUCAAAACGUUAAACCUUCCAGUGGUACCUCUGGAAUUUUCGCCAUUUUGGAUUCCGUUUGGUCAACUCUAAACAAACUAUUUAUUGUUACACUUGCGGUAAUGACCGAUACGACAAAGAUCGUUUAUAAUUACCGGGUUACGAGUACGAAAUGCAAUCGUAAAUGA